AUGUCAUUCUCCCCACCAACCUCUGGGGGAGGAGCUCCUGACAAUAUUGAAUCUCCAUCAAGUGAUGAUGAUGAUACCAUAAAUAACAAUACUAGUAUCACAUCUACAACAACAACAACAACCAACAUUAACAAUAACAUCAAUAGCAACAAUAACAACAAUAACAACAAUAAUAACAAAAAGAACAAGAACGUACAACAACAACAACAACAACAAUCUAUUACAUCUACAUCGACUACAAAUACAAAGUCACCUACUUCGCGCACACCUCGCAACAAUUCGCAUCACCCACCACCAGAGGCAUUCGAAUCGUCGCCGUCUGUUGGUGAGAUUGGCUGCUCAAAGAGCAAACUAAAGUGUGGCGUCUGUUCAUCUGGUGCACCAAAGUGUAUAGGAAUCAAGUCCUCAUGGGCAACUAUAUUAUGGGUCGUAUUCUAUUCAUUGAAGGAGCAGAGGAAGAACCAAGAGUUCUUCUCAUUGAAGAGAGAUGUAUAUAUAUAUAUGAGCAAUCAUUGGGACUCUUUGUGUCCCUCAAGGAGUAGAUCCAAUCGCUGGAAGAAACAGAUACAGGAUGCAUUAUCACACUCCAAGGUGUUCAAGUCUGGCAUACAGAAGCUUGGCUGCAAUGGAUACUGGAAGCUAAAGGCGUACACUAAUCCAUGGACAACAUCUCGGCCUGACGAGUUGGAUGAUGUAGACACAAUGGCAAUGGAGGCAAGCGAUGAAGCUGACUCUGACACACAACAGAAGACACAACCUCAACAACCUCAGCAACAUCACCAACAACAUCAACAACACCAACAUCAACAACAUGACACUUCACAUAGGAAACGACAGAUUGUCGAUAGCGACAAUGAAGACGACAGUGAUGAAUGCAUACCUGAUAAUUCAUCGACCUCAUCAUUUAGUUUAAAGAAACCCAAGCAUGAUAUAAGAAUGGCCUCCUCCCCGUUGGAUGAUGGUGCAAGCAGGACCACACAGAUACAACACAGGCCUGUCCCUAGCAUCAACAACACUGGCUCAAUCAAUAACAACAACAACAACAUGGUUGAACUAUUCAAUGAUGUGAUACAAGCAUUGACAUCACGAAUCGAGUCAAUGGAGCGCAGAGUUCGUGCCGAACUUACCAAACACACCGAGUCCACUCAGUUGCAGCUGGCCCAGUUGAACAAGGACAUCAACUCACUGGUACCUCAGAUGGUCAUCUGGCAAUCACAGCUACAACAGCAUCAGCUUCAGCAUCAGCAACUACACCAACAACAGCAACAGCAACAGCAACAGCAACAGCAACAACAACAACAGCAAUCACAAUCACAACCACAAUCACCGAUCCACCCACAAAGCAACAUAUUGAGUUACCUGCCAGGCCCAAGCGGGUCGUCACGGAACGCUGGCAACUUCGUCGGCGGCAGUGGUGGCGACACUAGUCCCUUUCCCCUCAGACAUUUCACCAGUGGCCGCAGCAACACCAAUAGCAACGUCAACGUCAACGUCAACAACAUUGCCAGCUUCGGCAUCAGUGGUAGCACCAUUGGUGAAGGUGGCAACAACCCAUUUAUAGAACAGCGAGACCUAAAAGACCUUUUACCAUCAUUCCAUCGUAAAUAA